AUGUCUGCUACAACCACAAAGCCAGCUACAAUGACCAAGGCUGAGUCGAGGAAAGUACCUAUUCCACCACAUAGAAUGACACCACUCAAGAAUGCAUGGACCAAGAUAUAUCCACCUUUGGUAGAGCACUUGAAAUUGCAAGUUCGUAUGAACCUCAAGCUGAAGGCAGUUGAACUACGAAGUACAAAAGACACCGUUGAUGGUGGUUUACAAAAAGGAGCAGAUUUCAUCAAGGCAUUCACAUUGGGCUUUGAUGUAGAUGACGCGAUUGCACUACUAAGAUUAGAUGACUUGUACAUUGAGACUUUUGAGAUCAAAGAUGUCAAAACCUUAACUGGUGACCAUUUGAGCAGAGCUAUUGGUCGUAUUGCCGGAAAAGACGGGAAAACCAAGUUUGCUAUAGAGAAUGCUACAAGGACAAGAAUAGUUCUUGCUGAUUCCAAGAUACAUAUAUUGGGAGGAUUCACACAUAUACGAAUGGCAAGAGAAGCCGUCGUGUCACUUAUUUUGGGAUCACCUCCCGGUAAAGUUUACGGUAACUUGCGUACAGUUGCAAGUAGGUUAAAAGAGAGAUACUAA